UGGAAUGUCUAUACGUAGGAAAAUUUGUACAACGUUAGUUUGCUUUAAACCUGCUACACAGAAUUACCCAUUGGAACACCGCUGUUUUCUAAUUGGAUUUUCAAAGCGUAUUCUUAGGAUUUUGUCAUUGAUUGCUUUAUGCGGCAUCAGUCUAUUAAAAUUUCCUGACUGAUAAUGUAGUUGAUAGAAUUAUCUGUAUAAUUAACAAUUAUAAAAGAAACAGGUGUCAACUAAAUGUUUUAGAUAGUAUCUGAUAGAAUUUCAUUUUUCUUACAGUAUUAAUCAAUAGUGUUUUCUACACUUUGAAUUUGGAUAUAAUAGUGUUCUUUAUUAAAAUUUCCCGUUACUAAAGAUAUUAUUACAGAAGAUAGCCAAAUGAAGUGAUAGGAUGUAAACGUGUUUAAUUUUUCCUUCCCUUUAUCUAUACCGACUGCAGAGAAAGAUCUGACCUCUGCCAUUGCCUACUUCCAAUGGGGAGGAGCUGCUGCUUCGUCCCGGUUUUCAUUGGCCCUCAGCUUCUACCGUGCAGUGGGGGUAUCUGUAAUGAUAUUCAGCAUGUUUUGCACAAGAAAUGUCAGCCAGAAAGGGCUAUCUUCUUCCUUCGCCAAAUUAUACCACAACAAUGUCAUGCUCAGAUAGCCCGGUAGGAAACUCUUUUUUAGUGGACUCCUUGAUCAGUGCCAGCCGUGGUGAAGGAGGUGGAGGAGGGGGUUACUAUCAGGGUAGUGGCGUUUAUUUGCCGCCACCUUCUGAACUCUCUUACGGGCUUCCGAACUGUGGAUUUUUUCCGGGGCUUGGCAAAAGGAACGAGGGUACCCCUCAGACUAUGGUGCCCACUUCUAGCCCUUACAUGCCCGGCAUGGAGGUUUGGUUAGAUCCUCCACGACCGUGUCGCAUGGAUCAGCCUACAAGUCAGCAGGUAGCGCCGUGUUCUUUUUCCCCGAACAUCAAAGAGGAGAAUUCAUACUGUAUUUACGAGUCAGAAAAAUGCCCUAAAGCUUCCACAGCAGAGGAUCUCUCGUACUCAAGGCUAACCUCAGGAUCCUGCUCCGGGAAUGAUACUAGCACGGUACCAGUACCAGGUUACUUCCGCCUUGCUCAGACUUACACUACUUCUAAGGUUUAUCAUGCUGGGUCUUCCCAGUUUGUACUGCAGCCCCAGACUGGUUUUGAUACUCCCCCAUCUUCUUCUACGUCUGCAGAGCCGAUCAGGAGAGGGGGCGAAGAAGCGUCUUCUGGUACUUUAACGUGCGCUUCACAGAGAGAAGACGAUUUACAUGCUUCUUCAGCUACAGGAGACUCGUCACCAGAUCCCACAGCAAACACCAAAACGUGUCCAGAUAAAGCGGCCAAAGGAGAAACCAAAAAUGAAAGCACUGCAAACUGGCUGACAGCGAAAAGUGGAAGGAAGAAACGAUGUCCUUAUACAAAACAUCAGACACUGGAGCUUGAGAAAGAGUUCCUUUUUAAUAUGUACCUGACUCGAGAGCGUCGCCUAGAGAUCAGCCGCAGUGUCCAUCUGACUGAUAGACAAGUUAAAAUAUGGUUUCAGAACAGAAGAAUGAAACUGAAGAAAAUGAGCCGGGAAAAUAGAAUUCGAGAACUUACUUCGAAUUUCAGUUUUUCUUGAUGAAUUCAAGGAGCUUUUUCUCAAAUUCGUAAGAAAAACGCUGUUCUUUCAAAAAAAAGUUAAUUACGGACUUCAUUUUAUUGUUAUUAUUAUUAUUAUUAUUAUUACUACUACUACUAUUAUUAGUAGUAUUAUUAUUAUUAGCCGUAGUAAUAAUAAUAAUGCUAUAUUUGAAUUGAUAGAAACAACAGCAGCAACAGUAAUAUUAAUAAUAAUAAAAUACUUGGAUAAUAUAAUUUCUAUGAUAUAUAACAAUCAUUAUUUGCUGAACUGAACCAAUGUUUGUUUACAUUUUUUUCCUUUUGACAGUUGUAUAAAGCGCAUUAGCAUUGUACACGUUUUGCCAUCAUUACCAAACAGAUUUCAAAGUAGAAGAAAGAGAACGAUUUACAGAAACUGAAAAAGUAUAUUUUAAUCAUUUCGUUUACAUCUAAUUCAAACUCGAAUGGCAUAAUAUAUGAGGCAUGAUUAGGAUAUUGUUAAAAUAAUUUACUAUUUAAAUACGAAAUCAUCUUGUACCUUUGACAAACAUUACUCAUCCAUAGACACGUAUGUGUUUGCUAUUGAAUGUCUAGGUCAACUUGCAGCAAAAUGUAUGUCUGCGUAUUUGUGUGUGCGUGCGAAUUAUUGUACGCAAAUAUUUUGAAACAUGUACUUUAUACGCACAUGAAUACACGUAUUCGUUGAUUUUUUUAUUUUUACUUUAUUAUUUUGGAUGAAUAAGAGGAUGAUGGAUAUUCACUUUAUUUAUUUGACUUACCCAAUUAUUUACAAAGAACACAUUAGUAAUUAUAUAAAAUAGUGAACAGUUUACACAAUUGUAUUUUCACAACAUUUUUGCAUAUGUUUAUGCAUACAAAUUACGUUGUUUAUGUCUGAUAUUAUAUAGUUUAUUACUUAUUAAAUUCAUGGUGCACGAUUUGACAUUUGUCAAAACAAUGUUCAAGGUAAUGUUAAACUUACUGUAUACAUAGAAACAAAGGUAUGUGCUUCAUUACAUAUAUGUACACACUAUACAUAGCGUGUGCGCAAAUGAUAUGCACCUUUUUCACCACAAACUGGUACGUGGAUUUCUUUUCUCAAUUGGAGAAUAAAAUUACUUUGUAUUUGCCUUAUUCUGUUGUUUACUGUAUUAAGGAUAAUUUAAUAACUAAGACUUUAAAAAUGAUGGAUAAUGUAAAGUGAUAUGCUUUGAGUGAAUGUAGCAUAUAUUCUUAAAAAUUUGUACUAAUUUGUUUAAAAAAUAACAGAACCUACUUUGCAAAAGAACCUAACUGUGGGCAUUUAUGUACAAUUCUUGUUGUAUGAAUA